UGACGGCGUUACGGGGAAGCAGGGUCAAGCGCUUGGCUUUCCGACAUAGUCGUCAACUUUGACGGCCCAACGCGGACGGAGAAAUCCCAUCCCGCUUCUCUCCCUUCUUCUUCUUCAAUUAUCUGAUCUCUCUCAGAAUACACGCAGAGAGGGAGAGGGAGAGAGAGAGAGAGAGAGAGAGAGAGAGAGAGAGAGAUGAAGGUUCGAUACAACGAGAAGAAGGUAUCUCCCCGAUGGAUUAUUAUUCUAUGCAUCUCAAGCUUUGUUCUUGGAAUGCUUUUCACGAACAGGUUUUGGCCUUCCUCCGAACCGAACGGUCAGGUGAUCGCCCGGCACCGGAAAGAGCAAGAGCUACAACUCGUGGCGGAGGAUUGUUCAACAAAACGGAAGCUUGGAGAAGAUAAAGAUAUAAUGGUAGAGGUUUCGAAGACCCAUGAAGCGAUUCAAAGUUUGGAUAAGACAAUUUCAACGCUUCAGAUGGAGCUGGCUGCCACUCGAAGUGCCCAGGAGAUGGCGAGCCUCGGCGGUUCUCCCCUCAUCUCGAGAAUUUCUCGAGACGGCUCGCCAAAGAAGAAGGCGUUUGUUGUGAUCGGGAUAAAUACUGCAUUUAGUAGCAGGAGGAGGAGGGACUCUUUAAGGGAGACAUGGUUGCCUCAAGGAGAGAAGCUCCAGCAAAUGGAGAAAGAGAAGGGAAUUGUUGUCCGGUUCAUGAUUGGCCACAGCGCUACAUCCAAUAGCAUUUUAGAUCGAGCUAUCGAUUCAGAAGAGGCUCAGCAUGGUGACUUUCUCCGAUUGGAGCAUGUCGAAGGGUAUCACGAACUGUCUGCCAAAACAAAGGCCUUUUUUGCCACUGCAGUUGCAAAAUGGGAUGCUGAGUUCUACGUCAAGGUGGAUGAUGAUGUCCAUGUCAACUUAGGUAUGCUAGCUGCAACGCUUGCCCAUCACAGAUCAAAGCCCAGAAUCUACAUAGGAUGCAUGAAGUCUGGACCAGUUCUUGCACAAAAAAAUGUGAAGUAUCAUGAACCUGAAUACUGGAAAUUCGGAGAGGAAGGGAACAAAUACUUCCGGCAUGCAACUGGGCAGAUUUAUGCCAUCUCAAAGGACUUGGCCACGUACAUUUCAAUCAAUCAGCCCAUAUUGCAUAAAUAUGCCAAUGAAGAUGUGUCACUGGGCUCUUGGUUUAUUGGACUCGAAGUUGAACACAUUGAUGAGCGCAACAUGUGCUGUGGGACUCCACCAGAUUGCGAGUGGAAAGCACAGGCAGGAAAUGUUUGUGUUGCAUCAUUCGAUUGGAGUUGCAGUGGGAUCUGCAAAUCAGUGGAGAAGAUCAAAUUUGUUCAUGAGAGGUGUGGUGAAGGAGAUGGAGCUGUUUGGAGUGCUUUGUUCUGAAUUAGGGUAAAUGGGCAGUGAAUGAUUGGUGGGAAGAUUUUAAUUUGAGGUGCGAUGAAGGGGACUGAUAUCUUGAGAAAGCACUGGCAAACAGCGGGGAGUUGAUGGGAAGCUCCAUGCAUGGAUCCAAUGGCAAAUGCAGUGCCUCAUCUUCUUCCCUGGAAGCCAUUUUUAAAAACACCAAUGAUACCCGAAUUCAUAUGAGAUGUGAAGUGGGUGUGUUGCUUGGACUGGUGUCAAUUGGGAAGGUGAAUGUUGUUGUCUUUUUUUUCUUUCCUUUUUUUUUUUUUUUUUUU